CGGAGACCCCGGGCGGCCGCCGCCGAGGGCCGGAUGCGGCUGCGCCGACUUCCUUUCGGGCCCGGACCUCAAGGCGGAGGGCGCGCGGCGUUUGUUCGGCGGCGGCCGGAUUCCCGGGACCGGGCUGAAAGUGAGGUGUCGGUAGCUCCUGCCCACACUGCCUGCUGUCCCUGAGCCAGCCAUGCCGCGGGGCCAUAAGAGUAAGCUCCGUGCCCGCGAGAAACGCCGCCAGGCCCGAAGUGGAUCGCAGGGUCUUGAGGGUGCUCAGGCUGCCGCAACAGAGGUUGAAGAGUCCACCUCCUCUCCUGUUUCUGGGGCUGCUCCCCUGAGCUCCCCUGCUGCUGGCACUUCCCAGGAGCCUCAAAAAGGCCAAGCCACCGCCAAGCCUGCUGGGCGUGUUUCACGGCGAAGAUCUAAGGCAGGUGCCAAGAGCCAGGUUAAGGAAGGUAAAAAUUCGUCCCAGGCCUCAACUUCUGCUGAGAAAGCUCAAAACGAUCCUCUAACCAGGAAGGUGGGGAUGCUGAUGGAAUUCCUGCUAGAGAAGCAUAACAUGAAAGAGCCCAUUAUGAGGGCAAGUAUGCUGAAGAUUGUCACCAGAAGGUAUAAGGAGCACUUCCCUGAGAUCCUCAAGAGAGCUUCUGAGCACUUGGAGCUGGUGUUUGGCCUCGAGUUAAAGGAAGUCAAGCCCAACGGUCUCGCCUACACCCUCGUCAGCAUCCUAGAUACCACCGAUGACAGCAGUGUGAGCAUUGGCUCUGGCUUACCUAAGAGCGGGCUGCUCAUUCCUCUCUUGGGUGUCAUCUUCUUGAGUGGCAAUCAAGCCUCUGAAGAAGACGUCUGGGAAUUCCUGAAUAUCUUGGGCGUCUAUGAUGGAAGGAAGCAUUCAAUCUUCGGGGAUCCCAGGAAGCUCAUCACCCAAGAUUUGGUGCAGGAAAAGUACCUGGAGUACCGCCAGGUGCCCGGCAGCAAUCCUCCACGCUAUGAGUUCCUGUGGGGCCAGAGAGCCCAUGCUGAAACCAGCAAGAUGAAGAUCCUCGAGUUUUUGGCCAAGGUCCACGACACCGUCCCCAGUGCCUUCCCGUACCAUUAUGCAGAGGCUCUGCGAGAUGAGGAAGAGAGAGCCCGAGUCCGGGCCGCAUCUGGCCGCUCUGCUCCUCCUUAGAGAGGGCUGAGGCAGAUUCUUCGCUUUGUGUUUGAUGAGGUCUGCCAACCUUUUAAGUAGUGAGAGGUUAAGGUGGGGUUGGAGAGACCAUAAUAUAUCUUCUUUGUUUUCCUGUUGUGCAUUGAGUAGCAUACAAAUGUUUUAAAAGAAUGUUUAAAGAGAAUGUUUCAGAAGAAUCUAGUAAGAUUCAGAAUCCAAGUUUAUAAAUGACAUGGAUCACAUAUUGCCGUUUAUCAGGUUUAAGAGUAAGGUUUAAGAAUAAGAUUUAAGAGUAAGUUUUGGUAUUGUGUAAUGUAGCUUGAAAAUCCUUGUGUCUUCUUGGAGUUCCAGAACAAGAUAAUAUGGCUUUGGAAUGGGGAUUUUUUUCAGAAAUAGGAAAGAACCAGCAAAAAUAUAGCUCUAGUUUUAAAAUAGAAACAAAGUAAAAUGUAGUUACAUCUUGGUUUGCCUUAUUUUUGUCUGUCUCUUUGUGAAAUUCAAGGAUAUAUACCUCAAUGUCCUUAAUUUAUUGAAGAGUUCAGAGAAAAUUAAAGAUUAAUAAAUUACGUUCCUCA